AUGUGGAAAUUUUGUUUGGAAUUAUUAUGUUAUCUAAGUUUCACGGUUGUAAUCUAUGUAAUCAGCUGUUCAUCACAUAAUACUGACAGAUAUUAUCAAGUUCAACAGUUGCGUCUGUUAUUUUUAAACAGGGGUAAUGCAACUCAUGAUUUUUCACACAUUGCCACAAUUGAUGAAUAUUGGAGGUGGCUAAAAGGAAGUUUUAUAGCGAAUCUUUUCCCCGGAGAUUGGUAUAAUGGACAAUCAGCUAAUGAUUCUAAUGGAUUUAUUAGUGAUAAAACAAAUCGAUUGAUAGGAUGGGCAACAAUGAGACAGUUACGAAUUAGGCCAGAUACUUGCCCAAUAGUAAAUGCUGUUCGAAAUUUGAUUCCACAUUGCUUCGGCAGUUAUACAGCGUCCAAUGAAGAAAAACGAAUAUUUUAUCCAGGAUGGUCUAUUAAUGAAACAACACAAAAUUAUAGCUCCUCGAUAAACGAAGCAUUUACUUAUCAAACAGGUGAUAAACUUGAUACAUAUAUAUACGUGGGUGAUCAGGCUACGUAUAGAACUGGUGGCUAUGUAUAUGAAUUUCGUGGUUCAUUAUCUGAUUUACACCAGGAUCUUACGACGCUUCGUGAAUUACAAUGGAUUGAUAAACAAACAAGAGCUGUUCUAAUUCAACUGAAUUUAUACACUCCCAAUAUACCGAUAUUUACAUCGGUAGUAAUACUCGUUGAAAUACUAUCAAGUAGUGGUAUUGUUCCAACUGCACGUUUUGACCCAUUCGAUGUUAACAAUUUCGGAUCUAUAUUUCAAAUAACAGUUGCCGUUAUUUAUUUAAUAUUUAUUGUCUAUUUCAUGAUCGUCGAAGUCUAUACAUUUAUUUGUCUUAAAAAGUCAUAUUUUCGUCGUGUAUGGUCGUACAUUGAAAUCGGUAUUAUUUCUUGUUCAUGGGCCAGUGUUGGCGUACACAUAUGGCAAGUAAAAGAAACAUCACGUGUAACCAGUUUGUUUCAUCAGACACACGGUAAUGCCUAUUUAAAUAUUCAAUUAUUGGCAUAUCUCAAUGAUCUAUUUUCGCUUUUACUUGCUUUUUGCUGUUUUUUUGUUACAUUGAAAAUUUUACGUUUAUGUCGGUAUAGUCGACGUUUAGCAAUUUUAUCUGAUACACUGUCAAAUGCAACACCAGAACUCGUUUCGUUUUCAUUUAUGUUCGCAGUUAUAUUUAUGGCAUUUCUUGUAUUAUUUUAUUUACAAUUUGCUUCAUUUAUUUGGGAAUGUUCAAGUUUAUUGCUUACGGCACAGAUGUUAUUUGAGUUGUUAUUAUUAAAAUUUAACACGUCGCAAAUUACGGGAGCAGCGCCGAUGUUGGGCCCAAUUUAUUUUUCAUUAUUUAUUCUUUUCGUUGUUUUUGUAUGCAUGAAUAUGUUUGUUUCAAUUAUUAAUGAUAAUUUUCGAAAGGUCCGAAAUCAUAUUCAUAGAAUGGAUCAUGACGAUCAAGAUAUGUUCAUUACUUUGCUCAAAAGAAUACAACACUGCUGUGGAAGCAAUGACGAUAGUGUAAAUAGAGUAACCUUUAACACAAAUUCGACUGUAAUCACGGUUAGUGAAAUCGUCGAUCCAAUUCAACGUUUAUCAAAUAAACUCGAUAAACUUAUGGCUUAUACUAAUCGACACUAUACUACUAAAAAGAUUCGAAUAGCAUGGGAUGACCCAACAGUUCCAGCACUUAGUUGGUUAGUAAAACAGAAAUGA